AUGUUAGUUCUGUGUAGAGCGGUGCUUUAUUUCUUUGUCAUAGGCGAAAUCUGCGGAGGAACUGUUAUUAAGCGCGAAGAGGGUAAGUUCACAAAAAAGAUUCAUAUUUGUUCUCUCAGGUGAACUCAGUCAUUUUUUUUUGUCAGGCGACUAACUUUUCUUUGCUACUGGUGUUAACCAUGUAGGUGGAACUUAAACUUAAAGAGUUAUAUUACUCAUGUGAAAAACUUCACUCAAAAACACCUUAUUUACUAUUUCCCCCAAUUAUUAGGUAAAAGCUUCCCAUGGGUAACGAUUGAGGAUGUUUAUACUUGUGGGAAAAUAUCGAUAACCAGUCCAUAAAGCAGGUUAUUUUUAUCCUGUUUUACCAUAAACAAUGUAGGUUAAAGACAAAUUUAAGACAUCGGGGAAAAUGCCGUGUCACUUGUUUCGAGAACAAGACCACACUUUUCAAAAAAGCUAUAAAGGAAAAAUGAAAAAUACCAGCUGAACAUGGAAACGGUUUUUCUCUCUUUCCCUUCUGAAAAUCGUUAAAGUAUUUUAACGUAAUCCAGAUCUGAGGAGUCGUGUUCUUCUUGUAAAGCUUUGUAAAAAUGGUUGUCUGUUUUUUUCGACUGGAAGGUGUAACUUAUGAUACGCCAUGGCUAACAACAGAAUUUCGAUCUUAAGCGACUGCAAUGAUUAUUUUGAUGUACAGCACGAGGUACCUUCUUUACGAUCGUUAGACUUCCGUAUUUCAUCGUUAUUUCCAUGUGUUAAAGUGACGGAAAAAUAAGAAGUGAACACUCUCGCUAGAUUGCCUCGUUUUGUCUCAAAAUAUAUCUUACCUUCGUCGGCAUCCUCUUCUGUUGCAGAAGUUACUAUGUUAUAUUUCUUCUUAUAUCACAGGUUGGGAGAAUUAUUUUGAUAGCGAAGAUCUAAACUGGCCGCUAGAGGAUUAUGAAACUCUGUCUGCCUUUGAUGAGAUUUGGAAAGUAAAUGAAGGUAAGUGGCCAUAUAUGUUAUUUUAGACCUCAAGCGUUAUGAUACGAUCCCCCUUACUAAUUAAAUUACUGAACUUAAUUAAAUUGAAACGUGCUUGUUCAUGGUCGAAAUUAAGAAUAUCUCUCAGGAUCAAAGAAAAUAUAAAGACCGUACUCCAAAUGAUUUAAAUAUUAAGUGAAUCGCAAUAGUGGCGAAUUUUUUGUUUCAGUAUAGAUGAUGAGCAUUUCCUUUCACAAACACUUUUUCGAGGAACUUUACUUCCGAAAAAAACUGUCAAAAAUGGCAUUCUUGUUCUCCUUUAAGAACGUAGUCGUUUUAGUGUUGACUUGAAAACUUACUUGAUAGCUCACAACUAGAAGAAUGUACCCUUCGCUUUUCAAGUUCUUUAUUUGGGGUCGGUAUUGUGGUGCCCCUACGGUCGAGUACCGGGGUCCAUCAAACAAAUUGACCAAUCGCAUUCUAGCCUACGUGCAGCCGUACCCUCCCCUGUCAAGGUGAAACGGAGGCGGGGUAACCGUUUCACCUUGGGGGAAGGGUACGGCUACGCGUAGGCUAAUCACAUUUACGGGAAACGCACAUUGAUUUCCAUGUAAUUCAAUUGAGAACCAAAGAAAAGAAAUGUAACAAACAAGUGAAUGGAAUUCGUCGUUCAUUUCCUGUAUUCGGAUUAGCCAGUUUUGAGUUGACGACCUUGGUGAAAGUCACACUGUAAUCUCCACCAUCCUCGCUUUUCUUCCUCCCCCCCCCUCCCUUUAUUCUUUGAUUUUUUUGUACCAGAACCACAUAUUCUGAGAUUUCAAAUCUGAUGAGGUAAAUGUGAUGAGGUAACUCUUCUAACUCGAAGCUGACUUAAUCAGUAUCGCAAUCAACAAGAGGAAUAUUUUUUUUAUUUAAGCUGAGGACGUUACUGAUUUACUGGAAGGUGAUAUCAAAACUGAUCUUGAUUCAAAAAAUGCCACCGACGAGGAAAAGAUUAACGAUGCAGUACGAAGCCGACAGUAUACAUGGAGAACGAAGAUCAUUCCGUACGAAAUCUCUCAAGAGCUUGGUAAGAUUCAACAUUUGUGAAGGAAAAUUAUACAAUUUUUAAACUGAAUACUACGAGCUCUGUGACUAGUCGUCUAUUUCGUACUGAUGUAAACUGACUUCAUGGUAAGAGCAUAUAUUUUUGGAAAUUAUUACAUUUUUAUGUCAUUUGUCAUCUGUAACUGGACUGAGAUUCUAAGAAGAACGGAAUUUUAUAAUUUUCCUAAGGGAAAGUAUCGCAACAGCAAAAGCUCCUGUUUGCAACUAAUAUAGCUCUAACAUGUUUUGGAUAUUUAAGAGUCUUGCUAAUGUGUAACCUGCAGAUAAAGGUAAAGCUUAAAUAAUUAAUAAUUAUUAAUUAAAUAAUUAAAUAAACAUGCAUAAUCUCCUUACUUUUGCUAACCUCAAGUGUCAUCUGGUUACAUGGCAAAUAUUCGAGAGGCAGUUGCUGAGUUUAAUAAGUACACCUGCAUCAAAUGGAGACCAAGAGGAAAAGAGAAAUAUUGGGUCAGAUUCAUCAAGGGUAAAGGGUAAAUAAUUACAACUUCUUAAAAAAAUAAAGAUUGGAUGAACUUCUAUAUUACUUUACGAGGAUUUGAGUAAUUGUAAAUGUGAGGAACACGGGCUUCGUUAGCCCCUUUUAAGAAAUCGCUUUAUCAUAUUCUUGUUGGUAAGAGAUUUAGAGAUAGCUUUCGAGUCAUAAGGCCCGUCCUGACGGAGAGAACUCCGUUUUCCGUAGCAUGAAGCAACUAGAAUUUUUGUUAUCCAUUCAUCACUGAUUUACCCUGAGUGACCCUGAUCUUUAGUCAGUACUCAUUUAUACUCGUGAUUCGAAAAGAGGCACUUUGUGAACGUAAAGUGUCUUGCCCAAAAACAUGACACAACGAUUCGGCCAGCGCCCGUUUAAUCACCAUUUCCAGUCCAGCUCGCCACCACUAACCCCAUACUUUGUUGGUGCGUGUGUGUGUGUAUGUCAUUGUUGACUAUUGGAUACAUUGUCAAAAUCUUUAAUUAUCAGAUCUUUUCUUGUGUCUGCUCAGGUGUUGGUCACCGGUUGGGUACAGGCGAAAAUCACCUCAGUUGAUUUCCCUUGGAGUUGGUUGCAACCAAAAAGGCAUAAUCUGCCACGAAAUGAUGCAUACUCUUGGGUUCUACCACGAACAAGGUCGACCGGACCGAGACAAAUACGUGGCAAUUUACUGGGAGAAUAUUCAACCUGGUCAGUGAACUGUUUUGUUUCAUAUCACAAUACCUUUUCUCCUUAAAAGUUUGGUUGUACUUCACACUGGCAUCUUUUCGACGAGUGAGCUGUGGUAACGACGUCUUAAAAUUUUUCCACGGAUCUUUAUGAGCAAUUUGUGUCAGUCCUCUCCAUCCUUGCUCCUUGUUUCUUCUUCCUCUUCUGUGGUUUCUAUCCAACCAAACUAAUAUUUUGUUGUCAUUUACAAUCUGAUUCAAUUUUCACCAUGAUUAGCCAUCUUUGUUCCUUCUUGUAUCAUCAUUUCCUCUUUUGUGUUUUUCUAUCUUCUCGAACCAAUAUUUUUUUAUCUCUUUAGAGCAGGAAGUGCAUGAGAAAAAAGACCCGAUUAAGCUGUUUCAACUUCUUUAGCGUGUUCAUGUACUUGUCAUUCUUAGGAAAGGAACACAACUUUAAAAAGCAAAGUGAGAAAGACCUUGAUCCUUUGAACGCACCGUAUGAUACGGGCAGUAUCAUGCAUUAUGGCAGGUACACAUUCAACAAAAAUGGCAGACCAACAAUCGAGGUUAUCGGUAAUCCCUAUAAAGUAAUUGGACAGCGGUUUGGAUUCAGUAAAACAGAUAUUGAACAGUUAAACGCUCUAUAUGACUGCUCCAAUGAUGGUAAGUUUUUAAGACUCUCACUUGCACACAUACAUCUUACAUCAAGGGCAGAUCCAGGAUUUUUCUCCGGAAGGAGUGCUCUACCAGGAAUGACAUGACUGACAUCUCAGACGAAUAGAGGGGUUAAUGCACGAAACGUCAGUGCCAAUCUAUCAUUUUGACGGCGUUUGACAUAAAUUCUUCAAACUCGUCUUAUGUUUACUUCAACGCCAAUAAACCACAUGUUUUUUUCCUUUUUAUUUUGCAAUAGUACUAGUUACAUAGGGGAUUCAUUUCAGGUAGGAAGAGGGGGGGUGUGCAUCCCCUGCUACCUCCCCUUGAUCUACCCCUGUACAUGCAUUAUUUACUUUCAAACUAACGGUAACCCAUUUAAUUAAUUCUUAUCAAAUGGAACAUAGCGACUAUUUCUAGUUUCCGUUAAGCGUUGCGCUAGAAACUCUUUACAGAGCUAAUUUACAUUAUCAACUUAGUUGAUAAAGGCCGAAUUGUCAUGUUAUACUCGCCCACUGACGCAGCACCAGUUUCUUAAGAAACUUACUCUCUUUAUCAGUUACUUGAUUGGUUCUGAAAAGCCAUUCUAUCUUCUUCAAGUUCUAUAGAUUCACCCUUUAGCUAAAGCAGUCUUCUACUCUCAUAUGUUUGCUUUGUAAUGUGUUGCCGAUAACUGAAAGAAAUUACCCCAUAUCAAAGGACUCUUUGAUCAUCUAUGAGAAGUCAACUGCUACAAAAUUUUUUAACUAAAAAUUUAUCAUUCAACUGUCUUAUGUUCACACAGCAACAGGCGGCUGGAGUUCGUGGACAAGUUUUGGUCCCUGUUAUAAGCUUAAUUCCAAAUGCCUUCAUGAUCGCCAGAGAUACUGUUCAAACAAGAAUCGAGAUAAGUGUCCUGGUGCAAACAUGUAUGGUGUACAGACACAGAAAAAGCAAUGUCCUCAUAGCUGUUCCUGUAAGUACGAUCAUUAUUAUAGAUAACCAACCUCAAAUUUUGCUCCCCUUGACAUCCCUUAUGGCAUCUAUCAGUACUCAGUCCAAAACAUUCAAGCAUCGCGCGAGAUGCUUGUUACACCUUGCGAGAAAGACCACAUACUUUGAGUCUACUUUUUGCUCAAAAACUUCCGUUAACCAUAAUACUUAUUGAUCAAGAGAAUGACAGGUGAACUUCAACUCUCUUAGUGCCAGUUGACGGCCACUGGGGUCGUUGGUCGUCAUGGUCACCUUGCAGUGUAACAUGCGGGUAUGGCACCCACACUAGAACAAGAAAAUGUAAUGAUCCACCUCCAAAGAAUGGUGGAGAAGAAUGUGGUGGAGACAGGAAAGAUGUUGGCAAGUGUCUUAUGACAGUUUGUGAUCUUGGUAAGUUAAUGUCAUUUAUCCCACUGAAACCAUCGAAAAUGCGUACAAUGGGUUAAACUGUUCAUGUGACGCGCUGGAUAAUAGGUUGGUUGGGUUCUUCUCACAAGUGAACUAAGCCAGACAACCAAAUACAUUUUCUCAAUCAUGACAUUCUAUGAUUCUUUGUUUGUUUGUUUUGGUUAUAAUAACUUUGGUCUUCAUGAGUUUCAGACGACUUACAAGUAGUUUUCUUCUUGUUCACUGUCAGGUCCAUUUGAUGUUUCAUUUGAAUCAGAAGGUAUGCAUGGCUGGAAAUUGUGCGAAUCGCACAAAGAGAAGAAUCGACCAAAUUGGUAUUUCAGUAUGGGAAUAACCGGAUCACCUUUCACAGGACCUGUUAGAGAUCACACUACGGGCUCAGGUACCUCUCAAGAUUUUAAAUAUGAAAGCGUUCUAAGUAUGGCGAGAUCAUAGUUUUAUAUAAUUUUUAUUCAAUUUUUUCUGAAUUUUUUCUUCUCUUGGAGUUCACCUAUUUAAUAUAUAUCUUCUUCAUGCACCAGCUAGCAAAUGAUAACACUCUCAGCACGUACCUCUUACAAAAAAGUACCUAAGAUUGACCAUUUUUGAACUGCGGUUUCUACCUCUACGCCGAUUUAUUCGGAGCAUCAACAUCCUCCCCCGGUUAACCCAUGAGAAUUUGAAUAUCGUCCGUGCCCCGGUGCCUAGGUGGGGUGGGGAAUUCAACCAGCAGAAUACAAAAGGAGUUUAAUAGCAAAGAGUACGCUUUUGUAAGCAAAUGGCUAAGAGGAAAGUUCUCACUUAAUAGAAUAAUGCUUACGAGCGAGAAACUCAACAGAAGCGCCUAAAAACUUAAACGUUACUUUACUCACACAGAAAAAUCCGUUUAAUAAAGAAAUUGUGCUUGAGUAGGAAUUUGAACGCCAGAAUGCUCAGGGAGACGGGAAUUUGAUCAAACCGAUCUUCAAUAGUUCACUUGCUUGAGGGGUUGCCCGGAAGUUCGAAUUGAUCGACGCAAGGUUUCAAUAAUUCUAUCAUUUUCUCUUUCUUCAGUCUCCUCCCCCGUUUUUCUUUCAUCUGUGAAAGUAUAGGGCCACACUAGCAGGCGCACCUCUGUCGUGCGCUGGAGCUCCGCCGUCAAACUUUUCAAAUGAUAGUCACUCUUGCUGACCUUUCUCGUGCACAGGAAGAUACUUAUUUUUUGAAGCAUCAGCCCCGGCCGAGAAUGGAGACGUCGCCUGCUUUCACAGCCCUAAGAUUCUUCCAACAUCUUGUCGACGAUUGACGUUUUGGUAUCAUAUGUACGGAGCUCAGAUGGGAACACUGAGGGUCCUAAAGAAAACUGCGGAUGGAACAGCAACAACUCUGUGGAAGAGAUCCUUCAUGCAGGGAACACACUGGAUGUUCGCUAACGUAGUAAUUUCUUGCAAAGAAGAAUUUCAGGUAUAAAACCAAAGCGGAAGACACUAUUUUAAUCUAAUAUAACUCCAUUCAAGAGCUCCCCAAAUUUUCCUUGUUAGUAGGCACCUCGAGAACUUUUGAGACAUGAGAAAAAAUGAGACAUUGGAGAUAGAGUGACACUUAGAUACGCUAUUCUUUGAUUCGCUGCUAGGCGAUUUCUUAGUUGUUUUUAAGAAGAAGGCAUACUAUAGUUACUUGAAAUUCACGAGAUUCGUUGCUUACGCCCGGCAAGUAAUCGUUAAUUUGCUACCUAUUAUUGUGAAAUGCGUGACCGAUUGAUAUGCGAUUUGAAUGCCAUUCUAGCACCAACCUUUAUCGUUAAUAAAAGAGUAUGCCUCCCGUUUAGUUAGGAAAUAAAAAGUCUCAAUAAGUCUGGAGUUGCGCGCAAAUUUAAACACCAUCUUAAACCCUACUGAUUGAGGGCAAUUCCUGGCCGAAAAAUGCAUGAGGUAACGUAAUUGUACACUGUGUUGGUAAGGAAGAAAAAAAAAGGCAAUUUCUUUAAGAACGCAUUUUUUUACUUUUAGAUUUAUUUCGAGGGGAUUCGUGGUUCAGGUUUUAAGGGAGACAUUGGUAUAGACGACGUGAGGAUUAAAGACUGCAGUGGUUAG